GGUGUCGGCGUCACACUGCUUUGGACAGCAUGAAGGCUCUCUUAUUCACCUGUGUGCUGGUGCCGUGGCUGGUGGCGGCCUCGGCCAGGAGGUUUGACCAGGACUCACAGCUGAUACCUGGAUCUCUACCUGGCAGUGAGCUGAACGGAUACUUCAUUGACCAUUUGAAAUCCAGGAGGGCUAGGAGGGCGCUGCCUACUGCUGAUGAACCUGAUGACAGCCCAGUGACAGCGGGAGGAGAACCCUCUGACCUGCCCACCUGCCUGCUGUGUGUGUGUCUGACCGGUUCAGUGUACUGUGAGGAGGUCAGUCCAGACAUGACCAGCGUCCCUACCUUGCCCAAAGAGACGGCCUACCUGUAUGCCCGCUUCAACAAAAUCAAAAAGAUCAGAACCAAAGAUUUUGCCGACAUUGUGACUCUCAAGAGGAUUGACUUGACGGGGAACAUGAUCUCAGAGAUUGAAGACGGGGCGUUCUCCAAGCUAACCCUGCUGGAGGAGUUGUCUCUGGCUGAGAACAAACUGGUCAAACUUCCUAUGCUCCCUGCCAAACUCAAAUAUUUCAACGCCAACCAUAACUUCCUUAAGACCAAGGGUGUCAAGGCAAACAUUUUCAAGAAAAUGACCAAUUUGGCCAACUUGUACCUUGCUGACAACCAGAUGGAAGCUGUUCCACACAUCCCAGACAGUGUUCGGAUCUUGCAUCUACAGAACAACAACAUCACUGAGGUCACCGUAAACACCUUCUGCAGGUCCAAUGACACCUACUACCUACGGCCGAGCCUCAGUGAGGUCCGUAUGGACGGCAACCCAGUGGUGCUGUCUAAGUACCCCGACAGCUUCACCUGUAUGAAGGUACUCCCUGUCGGACGGUAUCGCUGAGGAGGCAGAUACUUUACUGUAGCCUCUUUGUUGCUAAUGGACCCGUUUUCCCAUAACAAAGUGCUAGGGGGAUACCUUGACGUUCUGGAUUUUAUGGUGCUGGUCCCAUGGCGGGGAUAAAGGUGUCAAUGUUUUUACUUCAUCAAACCUACAAACAGUUUGUGACAUUGUCAGGUCGAAAUGAAACCAUUCACUGGACUGAAGGUGUAGAAUUAAGGAGGUUUUAUCUACUCUGGCCGUUUUCAGUUCUACCAAUUAGAGAGGAGUUCCAGCCAUUGAAACAUUUGCAGGAAGUUGCACACAAGUUGUUAAGAGCCACAGUCACAUGUAUUCAUGCAAAACCACCUGAGAAACGACAUGAAGGCCUCGAUAUGCUUCAAACAGACUGGUUUGUCUGAACACAUAAAAAAAAAAAAAUCGCAUUUCUACUUGUUUUGAAUAUCCUCACAGAAAGGCAGGAUGAAAAGUAGUCAUAGCCUUCUCGUUGCUGUGUCAUACUGCUUUUCUAAUAUCACGCAGAAAACUUUGUUUUCUGAAUUUUGUUGUAGUCUUGACCUGUUGAUUCCUACAAGUGGGGAUUAACAAACACUUUCAGAAAAUCUCUAUUCAAAGGCAUUUAAGAUAUUAACUCGAAUGCUCCCAAGACAAAUAAUGAAGGAGUUUUAGAAAGAGGUUCAAACCCCGCCUACUUCGACACCUCCACACACCUGACCAAUCACUGCAUACAAACACUUUGUUUGAAGCAAACUGAAGCAAACUUGACAAUGGGACAAAGGGACUCAUUUCCGAAAAUAGAUUUGGGCCACCUGUUCAUAAAAUACCACAGGUGCCUUCUGAACGUCCUUUUCAAUGGUGGUGUGGAACUGAUGUGACCCCUCAAAUUGGUGGGAAGAGUCACCACCUCUACAACGAGAACCCAACGUAUGGUUUCAUUUUGACCUGAUACUGUUCUACCUACAUGAAUGAAACUAAACAAACUGCUUGUGACUUUGCACCAACACACAUGGUGCCACAAGCUCACAGGCUUACGUGUAACUACCUGUAUAUAAAAAACACAACAGUACAAUGUUUUCACACUCUUUGUGUAACAAAUUUUAAAAGACAUAUUUUGUAACAAUAAGUACUGCAGAAAAUGAAAUUUGACUCAAAAUAUUACUGAAACCUUCUAGAUAUCUUUGCCGCUUUUGCUGUCCAAAAUAAUCAUCUUAUACUAAUGUAAAACCUCUCAUGUCAAGGGUUUACAUUUAAUUAAACAACACAAUGUUUUAGAAUAUCACAACAAGCAAAAUGUCCAACAAGAGCUUUUAACGGACCCACAUGUCCAUUGUGGGUCAUCAGGAGUUAGAUUUGGACAGACGUCCAUGAAAGAAUACAAGACUGAAGUGCGAUUUUUGAUCAUGUGUAUUAAUGUCGUUGCAUGCUUCAUUUUUUAAUUCCCAGGCUAAAAUUGUAGGCUGGCUUUGAAGAUAACACAUACUGUAAAAAAAUAGAAAACACUAAAUAGAGGUUUUACCUGACAUGCUGUCACCAAUAGAUGAAAAUGUUGAAUUGUGCCCUGUUUAGAUGUUUUUGGGUAAACCAGAUUCCAAUAUAAGUAUUUUUUCAGGGAGUCUUGGUGACGGUAAGAGAGAAGAUGCUGCAGGAAGUCAUUUCAAUCAUACAAAACAAAUACUUGAUACCUGCAUUUUAAUUUUAACUCUUAUCUUCUCCAAAUUAACCUUGUCACAUGACAAUGAAAAGUUUCUGAAAUGGCACCUAAAGGAAAUUUUCUGUGAGCAUAGUUUUCAUUUCUCAUACAUCAUAUGUUGCUUUGAGAUUUUCUUGACUAUAGAUCCCAGCUGACUUAGACAGCUGAUACACACUAGAUUGUCGUGGCAAAUGAACACAACCCUCUGGGUUUAUUGUGUGAAUUUAUUACACUUUUAAUUACUCCAUUAAAAUGCCUCUCCAUAAGGUCAAUAGCCACGUAGACUUGUUCAUCUGCAGGCUUCCUUAAGCAUUUUGUGACUUAGCUUCACUUUGUUUUUUAAUUUAUAGACUCCGGGUUGAAGUGAACUGGGAAACAAUGUAUCUAUGAACUAUAGUAAUGUGAAAGUUACUCUUUUAUAUAUUGUAUGCUUUUAAAAUGUUUUGCUUGUGUCCCUUACUCUUCCCUUCCAGUAAUAAAUACUACUUAUAAAUUAUUACUGAUGUGAAUAAGACAAUGGUGUACAGGAAGAGGUGUAUGUGAC